CACGCUGACGAGCAUGGCCAACCUGGCGUCGACGUAUAGGAACCAAGGCCGGUGGGAGGAGGCCGAGAAGCUGGAGGUGCAGGUGAUGGAGAUGAGCAAGGCGAAGCUCGGGGCCGAUCAUCCCGACACGCUGACGAGCAUGGCCAAUCUUGCUUUCACGUGGAAUAGUCAAGGUCGACAUGAAGAUGCCCUAGCGUUGAUGCAAGACUGUGUUGAGGCUCAGCAGCGAAUCCUUGGGCCUGAGCAUCCUAACACGCUGUCGUCCUUGGCUACUGUGUCGGAAUGGAUUUCUAAUCUGUAUAUCUGCAUCCUUGUGCAGCUAUCGGGGGUUGUUCUUAACCAUCAACAAUCGCCGGCCUGUGGAGCCGAAGCGAGUUAUUUGUGA